GAUGGCAGACAGAGAUGAAUGGGCUGGGGCUUUAAUACUGUUAAACACAGCAGCCAGACCGGAGUGGGAUAGAGGAUACAGUGCUUGAAUUAGAAUAACUUUUUGAGUUUUUUUUUUGAUAGCAGCAGUUUUAAGUUACCAGGUUUCCAGUAAGUGUUACACAUUGCUUUGUUUUCGCUUUGAAAGGUGUACGAUCGCGGCCAGCCUUUGAAGGGUGACUGGGGGUGUUGUGUUUACCAGGUGGUGCCGUCUCCCUCCUGAGUGGGCGAGAGGCAGCCCCGAGGGUAGAGGCGGGCUCCUUUCCGCUGACUCGCUGCGAUGGCAGAGUCGGUACCGGUGACGGCGUCAAACCUCAACAGCGUUAAGGAGAACACGCUGAGGAAGAUCAGCGACCUGUUGGACAAGACCGACAGUCGCGGCUGGAGGAAGCUGGCGGAAGUCGUGGGAGCUGACAGGCGUUUCAGGCUCAGUUCCGACGACCUAGACAAAUGUUCACUGAAAACGCUGGAAGCAGAUGGAAGCCCCAGCCGAAGUUUACUCCACCUGAUGGGAAGCAGGGGUGUGACCGUGAGAGACCUCUUGGAUUUCCUUCAAGCUAUGGGGCACACUGAGGCUUUCCAGCUUCUGAGAGCUUCAGCAUCAUUGAAGAUUGUCGUGCAGCCAGUUUCCCAGGCAGUGCUGGCUGGCCAGGCAGUGAGAUUGUAUUGCGAAGCAACAGGACAUCCUAAUGUUGAAUACCAGUGGUUCAGAAAGAGUGCGGAGGUUCCAAAUGGUAACUCCCCAGAACUUGUGAUCAAUCCAGUCAGUAUAACUGAUACAGGAUGGUACAUCUGCAGAGUGAACAGUGGCUGCUUUUUCGAAUUCAGCCUCUGGGCCCAACUGGAGGUUUAUAACUUCAGUGCUGCUUGCGGAAGAAGAUUUUUUUCCAAUGAGGCCAGGCUCCAGAUAAUAAAUCAGCCACAAACCCAGAGACUGAUGGUCGGGGACACACUGAUAUUGGAAUGUACUGCAAUUGGCAUCCCAAUGCCACGAUAUCAGUGGCUGAGAAAUGGCAUACCAGUCACCAAUGGCUCUGAAAGGCAUUACAAGAUAAAUAAAAUAAAUAUGGACAACCAGGGACUGUACCGUUGUCGUGUGUUCAACGACAGGGCAGAACUCUGGAGUUUGGAAGCAGAAGUUAUUAUAGUGCCCAGACACAGUGCAGCGAUUGCGGUGGAAUGUGAUGAAGAUGAAUUGACGUUUUCUGAAGAGAGAAAUAACCCUGGUGAGGCUGGGCAGCUGGACUUAGAAACUAACCGAAGACAUUAUGCUACAGACAAGGUGGCUCUUCUGAUUGGCAAUAUGUCCUAUCACAACCAUCCUAAGCUGAAGGCACCGAUGGUGGAUGUAUAUGAACUGACCAAUUUGCUACGACAGCUCGAUUUUAAAGUUGUAUCUCUGUUGGACCUCACUGAAUCAGAGAUGCGCAACGCCGUGUAUGAAUUCCUGCUCUUGCUGGACAAGGGAGUGUAUGGGCUGUUGUACUAUGCUGGACAUGGAUACGAAAACUACGGAAACAGUUUUAUGGUGCCAAUUAAUGCACCAAAUCCCUACAGGUCAGCAAACUGCUUAUGCGUGCAGAGUAUCUUAAAGCUAAUGCAAGAGAAGGAGACGGGAUUGAAUGUAUUUCUACUGGACAUGUGCAGGAAAAGGAACGUCCAUGAUGAUACGAUCCCAAAUAUGGAAGCCUUGCGAGUGACAGCCAAUAUUGUGUUUGGUUAUGCAACGUGCCAGGGAGCAGAAGCCUUUGAAAUUCAACAUUUUGGAUUAGCAAAUGGUAUUUUUAUGAAAUUCCUGAAGGAACGUCUGUUGGAGGAUGAAAAGGUCACGGUGAUGCUUGACAAAGUUGCAGAAGAUAUGGGAAAAUGCGAUCUCACUAAAGGAAAGCAAGCUCUGGAAAUCCGCAGCAGCCUGUGUGAGAAGCGAGCCUUGACAGACCCCAUCCAAUCUUCUGGCUGCUCUGUAGAAUCACUGGCUCGGAACCUGCAGUGGGCCAAGGCUCAUGAAUUGCCAGAAAGUAUGUGGCUUGAGUUUGAAUGUGGGGUCCAAAUUCAGCUUGGAUUUGCUGCUGAGUUCUCCAACGUGAUGAUCAUUUACACGCGGAUUGUGAAGAAGCCAAAGGACAUUAUGAAGUGUGAAGCUUACGUCACAGAUUUCCCGCCGGACCUGGACAUAGAUCCCAAGAAGACUAACAAAGGAACACCAGAAGAAACAGGCAGCUACCUACUCUCUAAGGAUUUACCAGAGCAGUGUCUAUACACCAGACUGAGUGCCCUGCAGAAACUAAAGGAGCGGCUGGUGUUCACAGUGUGCCUUCGCUACCAGUACCAGGGACUGGAUGAGCCUGUGGAAGAAGCCAAGGAGGUGGAUGUGGGGAAGCCCCUCAUCGCCAAGCUGGACAUCCACCGUGUGGUCAGGAGGAAUAGCUGUUUCGUGACCUGUCCCAUGCCUCACAGCCCAUCGCACAGCCCAUCGCACAGCCCGGCACACAGUCCAGUCCGAAGCCCGGCUUGUUGCUCGGAAUUGGAUCAUUACCACCACCACAGCCAGCGUUUCCAAAAUAACUCUCACCUCGGGGUUUACAACCCGAAUCCAGCCAUGAUGGGUGCCGUGGGAUGCACUGCCCUUUCCAGUAGCUGUACAUAUGCCUCCUAUGCUUACAUGACAGGAGGGGGUCAGUGUUGCGGUAGCCAUGUAAGAGAAAUCAACGUCCCUGUCGAGAAUGAUAUCAAUGAUUUGCCUUCUGAAUUCUCCAGCUAUCUUCAGUUCACUGAUUUGAAAUGCACAAAUUCUUCUGAAUACCCUGUAGAGGAUUUAACAAGCGUCCAAGGUUGGAUCCCUACUAGGAGAAAAAAGAUGUAGAAUAUGUACGUCAAGGUUCAAAGUAAAUUUAUUAUAGAGUUCAAAGUAAAUAUGUUAUCGAAGUCACCCUGACUACCCUGAGAUUCAUUUUCUUGCAGGCCUUUACGGGAAAAUAAAGAAAUAUAAAUAGAACUUAUCAAGUUCACAUUCUAGCUCAAAUUUAUUGCCAUUCAACCACAUACAUGUAUACUGCCAAGCAGAACAACAUUCCUCCAGACCUGGCUGCACAACACGGCACAUCGAACUCACACACAGCACAGAAAGUAACGUUACCAAAUAAUAAAACAUAUUCCAGAAGACUGAUAUUCAAAAUAAUGUUCAUUUACAACACAAGUUAAAAAAGUAAACAGUAUAACGCUACCAGCACUUCAUACGUGAUGAGACCUGUGGGGGGGUGGUGGCUGGGAGUUCAGUAGUCUCACAGCCUGGGGGAGAAGGGUGUCACCCAACCCAACAGUCCUUGUUCUGAUCCUGCCUGAUGGUAGGGGGUCAAAGAGAUUAAGGGAUGAAUAGGUGGGAUCCUUGACAAUGCAAAGGGCCCUGCGUACGCAGUGCUCCUAAUAAAUAUCUCAGAUAGGUGGGAGGGAGACCCCCAACGAUCCUCUCAGCAGUCCUCGCAAUCCUUUAUAGGGUUUUGCUUUUGGAUGUCUUGCAAAUCCCAUACUAGACAAUGAUGCAGCUGGUCCAGACCCUCUCUAUGAUGCUUCUGUAAAAAUUGGUUGGAAUGGGGCAGUGUGGGGUGCGGAGGAGCCUCGCUCGCCUAUACGUACAACCAAUAUGCAAAAAUUGACCAAUUAUGCAAAUAACUUUAAAGAUCUGAGAACAUGAGCUACAGAAUUCCUGAAAGGUUGUGGAAUCAGUUCAAAGUCGAGAUGAGUGGAGUUAUUCACAUCAGUUCAGGAUCCUGAUGCUGAAGUCAAUAGAGAAUUCCCAGCAGAUACAUUCCACUAGCAUUGGCUACCUAGAAGGGCAAGCACCUGAAGUUGCCUGAAUCACAAAGGAGAGCUUUGGAAAGACAAAGAAAAUAAUGCAACAGGCUUGUAAUGAUUGAAACAGACUGGAUCACUGAAUCACGCAACCGCAUCAAAAUGUAGGUUUUGUACAUGUUUAAUAAAUAGCAUUAAAUUGUUUCCUUCAUUUUAAAUCAUACUUCUUAAAAUUUUCACAGAAUAUUUUGCAAUUUUUUAUUCUUAUGCUUUUCCAUUUCCAACCUCACUUAUUCUUGUGACCAAUUAAAGUGAAGUAACUUGGUUGCAUAGCGGUCAGCACAAUGCCACUAGAGCUCGGUGCUUUCUGGAGUUUAAUGUUCAAUUCUGGCACCGCCUGUAAGGAGUUUAUACAUUCCCCAUGUGUUCAUGUGUAUUUCCUCUGGGUGCUCUGGUUUCCUCUCACUGUCCAACGACGUACUGGUUAGUAGGUUAAUUGGUCACUGUAAAUUGUCCUGUGAUUUACUCGUUUGUUAUGUGCUGUGAGGUAUGACAUAAGUGAUGAUGGUCUUUCCAUGACCAAAAUUGUUCUUGGCAAAUUUUUCUGCAGGGGAAGCUUGCCAUUGCCUUCUUCUGGGCAGUGUCUUUAUAAUAGUGACCCUAAAUAUUAUCCAUACUCGUCAGAGAUCGUCUGCCUGGCGUCAGUGGUCACAUAACCAGGACUUGUGAUGUGUACCAGCGGCUCCCAUGAGUUUACGUGACCCUGAUCAGGGGCACUAAGCAUGUGCUACACCUCGCCCAAGGGUAACUUCCAGGCUUGCGGAGGGAAAGAGCGCCUUACACCUCCUUCGGUAGAGAUGUAUCUCUACCCCUGUGAUUAGGCUAGUGUUGAAAGGGUAGUUUGUUGGUCAGUGUGGCCCAUUGGGCCGGAAGGGCCUUUUAAACACUGUAUCUCUAAAUAUAAAUAAAUAA